UUCGGCAGAUCUUUUCUUUUCUCAUAGCCAACCCCAAAUCCAAUCCUACAUUGGUAGGCUCCGGACAUCCCCAAAGGCCCCUCUGCUUCUCUCUCAGUUUACCUAUCAACCCCACUCGUUGACCACAGACAAAGAAAGCUCGUUGUAGGAGUAAACCAGCAGUAAUGGCUACCCGAGCCAUCGUCCAGAGGGCAUGCGCGAAGCUCAGAUCCGCCAUAAGACUUGAAGCCGUGGUGCAUUUGAACUUUGCCCGUGACCUGCGGGAUAUGUUGGAGGUGCUGGUGGCCAUCCAAACGAUGCUGGAGGAUGCCGAGAUGCAGCUGUUCAGGGAUGGAUCGACGGCGUCUUAUCUGCAGCUUGCGGUGAGCGCCGCCUACAGUACCAUAGACACUGUAGACGAGCUGCAGGACGCGACAACGAUGACAAGGAUGCUGCCCCGCCUUGCCAUCAUGAAGAAUGCAAUGGCCACCCAGGUGCAGGAGACCAAAAAGAUAGUGAUGUGGGUACUGGAAUGUUCGCGUGAGUUAUCAGAAUAUACAGAAGAAAACACAAUAAUGUUCCAUCAAAUUAUUGAGGAACGAAAAACUGGACCAGUUUUUGAGGAAGCAAUGGUUUUGGGAAGAGGGUCAGAUAAAGAGAGGAUAAUAGCCGCACUCCUAUCUACUGAGCCCAACAUCACGCAAGAGAACAUCACCAUCCUUCCCAUCUUUGGGCUUCUAGGCAGUGGCAAGACAACCAUGGCACAAAUGGUUUUUAACGAUACUCACUCCCUCCAAGGCUACGACUUCCGGGUAUGGAUUCAUGUGUCUCCCCAGUUCGACUUCCAUACAAUAGGCAACUCCAUUAUUUCUCACGUAUCAGGAAGGGGACAAGAAGAGAUCAACCAUUCUUCUUCAGACGUGGAGGGCAUGGAAAGUAUGAUGAACCGCCUUCAGAAGCUACUUAGUGGUAAAAAGGUGCUCCUUGUUUUGGAUGACUUGUGGGAGGAGGAUCCCAUUCAGUUGCGGCGGUUGAAGUCCAUGUUAACUUCCUUGGGAGACAAGAUGGACGUACUAGUAACCACAUGCAACCAAGCCAUCGCCAGAAGGAUCUGUACAGUUGAGCCGUACAUGCUAAAUCGGUUGAGUGAUGACACGUGUUGGCAAAUAAUCAAGAAAUCGAUCCGAUUCAAAGUAGGAGAAGAAGAGUUGGAGAAGAUUGGACGGGAGAUCGCAAGCAAGUGCAGGGGUGUGCCAUCAGCAGCUAGAGAUUAUGCAGGGAUGCUAGAUUGUUAUUCCCGAGAUGCUAGAUUAUGGUGGAAAAAAACCAUGGAACUGAAUAUCUGCUUUAGUGUUAUGAACUAUGGUUCAGCAUUUUCGCUAGUCCUUUCAACUUUCGAGCUAAGCUACAAGAGUAUGCCACCAUCUUUGAGGCUAUGCUUUGCUUAUUGUUGUCUAAUCUUCCCAGCCAGCCACAGCAUGGUCAAAGAUGACCUGGUUCAUCACUGGAUCGCUCUUCACCUCAUUGAGCCAUCUGAAAUAUUGUCUGCCACAAAGAUAGCUGAGGAGUAUAUUACCAGGCUUCAAGACUUGUCAUUCCUUCAAACUGCAGAGCUGGACAACGUCAGUGGAAAAGAUGAAAAGGGUGCAAUCUUGUUCACUAUACAUGAUCCGGUGCACGACCUCAUGGUAUGGUUCCUAGGAAAUUCGAGCUACCGUCUAGCCACCAAUCCUCAUGGGAAAAUUGAUGACACGUAUGAUAAGUAUCUAAGGGCACUAUGUUGUGUUGGUUGUAGCAAAGUGGAGUUUAAAGAUGACUCUUUUUCACGCAAGAAGUGCCUACGUGUGCUGGAACUAAAGGAGAGCUCUGUGCAAAAGCUACCACACUCCAUCUGUCAACUGAGGUACCUGGGGUAUCUCAAGAUAUCAGAAUUCACUGGGCUGGUUACUCUGCCAGACUCAUUUGGGCAACUGAAAAAUCUGUUCCAUAUUGACUUAUCAGGCUGCUCCAGGCUUGCAGCUCUUCCGGAAUCAUUUGGAGAUCUCAUAAACUUGAGCCAUGUCAAUCUAUCACGAUGCCAUGGACUGGCAGGGCUUCCAGAACCACUCCAGAAUCUCGGCAAACUGGUACACCUGGAUUUAUCAUUCUGGUCUUGUUUUGAAGAGAUCGGGAAAAACCUUGGUGGCCUCACCACGCUGGAGCAUUUGAACUUAUCAAACCCUUGCUGUCAUCUUGAUCACCGGUCUCAUCUCAAAGGGCUAAAAGGGCUAAAAGAUGGUCUGUGCAAGCUCACCAAACUACGAUAUCUGAACUUGUCAGCGUGUCUGAAUCCUAUCUUUUACUACCACCAGUCACAAGAGGACAGUCUCAAAUACCUUGGAGAGUGUGUCAGAAAUCUUUCUAGCCUAGAACAUUUGGACCUGUCUCAUCACACAUUUCUUUUUGGUCUGCCUGCGAGUCUAGGUGAGCUCAACAAUCUGAAAACACUGAAUCUCUCAGGCUGCAUCAGACUCAAGAUGGUUGGUGAAAUGAAGUCUCUCACAUUUACAAAUCUGAGGAUGUGCCGUGGCCUAGAGAGUUGCCAGUUUGUGGUUCGCAUCAUCGAUGAUGAUGAUGUGUAUAGCAGCAGCAACAUUGUUCAGCUGGAGGUGGUAAAUUGCCAAGAGCUCCAGAUAAGCUGCCUUGAAAAUGUCAGGUCUAGAGUGGAAGCACAGAGAAUCAAAAUGGCGGAGAAACAGAAGAUUAAAAAGUUGAAGCUUUCUUGGACUUUGGACUCUCUCAGAUCAGUGGAGGACAGUGCUUUGUUGGGAGAAUUACUGCCACCACCUAAUCUGCAGUGCCUUGAGGUUAAUGGUUACGCCGGAACAUGCCUCCCGGAGUACUUGGGUGAGCUCACCUCUCUCCAGGAACUCAAGAUCGUCUGCUGCAAGCACCUCAACUCGUUACCGGAUAGAAUGCAGAAACUCACCAGCCUCAAGGAUCUGUGUAUUUUUGACUGUCCAGAAUUGGAGAAGUGGUGUCAGCUAGAGGAGAACAAGAAAAUGCUGGCGCACAUCCCCAACAAAAAUUAUGAGGAACCUGCUAGUACUAGCAGGCAGGAGAUUGAGGAGGACGACAGAUCGGGCGACGAGGUGGAGGCGGUGUAGGAAGACGCCAUGGCGGCGAGGAAUUGUUGCUUGCGAUGAAGAACGAAUUUCGGUGCAAAAUGGAAUGCCAUUUGAUUACCAGCUACCCUUGCAAGUUGCAACGUAUGUUCGCCUGCAGACUCUUUCAGGCAGCAAAACAUGAUGAUUUUGAUUUCGGACAGCUUACUUUCCGCGUCCCUGUACAAUUUAAUCGGUUAAUCUGAAUAUAUUAUAUGCUGUGUAA